AUGUCUCCAAAGGAAGACCAGGUAAUGGAGAUGGAAGUGUUGCAGUCGAUUUAUGAGUCUGACGACAAUUUCAAAGUGAUGAGCGACACCCGAAUCCAGUACAAGUUUGGUGCCGAUACCUCGAAAAGCUUUGUUAUGGAGAUCGAAUGGCCUCCGGAUUAUCCUGAGAUAUCUCCCAAAAUCAACAUGGAUGUCUUCUAUAACAGUCACAUUACUGACAAUGUUCGACAGGAGAUCCGCAAUAAAGUGUUGGAGGUGGCGAAAGAGAACGAGGGAAUGGCGGUAUCGUUCACUUUGAUUGACUAUGUUUCUACAAAUUUCGAGGAAUUAACGGCUCACUGGGAUUUGCGACCCUCUGCUGAGGAGGUAACAAAGUUGGAGGAUCGGCGUAAAGAUGAACCAAUGACAAAAGCUGCUAAGAGGCGCAUGUGGGAUAGGAAUGAAGGUACUGGGAAGGAGCGCGGAUGGGAUUGGGUUGACAUUCUGAAGCAUUUGGCUCAGACCUAG